AUGAACAGUCUCCUGGUAAGUUCCUUCCGCUUCUUCCACUUCCUCCAACUUCUUCUUCUUCUCCAGAUCCUCUCGCUUCUCUGCGUCGCCGUCUCCGCGCACAUCUUCUUCCCACCAGACAUUUGCAUAUCCCAGGAGGAUUGCCCCUUCCCGCAAAUCUGCUUCCGCGGAAAAUGCGUCUUCGGAGAUCCACUGGUUUCAAGAACCUUCUACGGCAUCGUCGGACAAGCAUCGGAGGAAAACAGUAGAUCCUUUGAGAACACUUGCCAAGUGGCCGCCGACUGUGGUUCCGACCGCGAUGGUCCGUGGGUUUGCGUGUUCGGAAAGUGCGUCAAACUCGAGCCCAAGAACUUUGGCCUUCCGUGCACCUUCGAGUGCCCAAUUCCCGGACAAGUUUGCGUUCAUGGCGUCUGUCAGUGA